AUGAUGGCAAGAACCUCCAUCGUUUCGGGGCCGACUCCGGAGCAGACCAAGGAGGAUCUGAAAGCGGUUAUUGAGCAGAAGGAUCUUCAAAUCGUCGAGCUCAAGAAACAACUCAACUUGAGCUAUCUUCAUGUCGCUGAGCUCGAGGAGAGCCAUCGGAAGGCGAAGGUCCAGGGCUAUAAGCAGGGUCUCGCUGAAAAUUCCCGCCUUGUUUCUUACUUCGAAAGGAAGGCAACCAAGUUGAUGGGUCGUCUCAUCGAGUAUGAAGACGUCAAGGAGGAUCUCUUCACUGGAGAUAUCGAGUCUGACGAAGAAGGAGUUGCCGCCAGAGGAUCUGAAGAGAAGCAGUAUGCCAGUGCGGCGCAAUGGAACUUCAUCAAGCCGAUCUUCUCCAUGGUGAACGCCAUGAAGGCUAAGAUAGGAUUCGGAGAUGUUCAGGAAGAGGAGGAUCAAGUGACCUCGGCAAGAACCGCCUCCAAGAGGAAGUUCGAGGAACUUGGGGACCAUGCUCUAGUCCGCAAAAUGUUCAAGGAGGAGUAG